AGCCGCCGUUUCUAGCCGAGAAGAGACCGACAGGAGAUCUGGCUAAAAUCGCCGUGCAUCCUCGCACGCGAAUGCCGCAUCACGCGUGCCGAAACCUCCGGCGUUAUUGUAAAUACUUGUGAAUAGUGUAUCUAGUUUUAGUUUUACGAUAAAGUCAGGGUGAAUCGAUAAAAGAAACCGUGGAAAAUCUUGCCUGUGAGUUUGCGGAUUUCCGCGUAUAGCGUCUAUCCAACGAAUCCCGGAACUGUUUUAUCCAAUCCCGCGAUAAUUAUAUCCAGCUAAUAAUUCACAACCGUGUUUGUUCUACCCCGAAGACCUCGAGGGAUACUAUAAAUAGUGAAUAUUGUUUGUAAAAGUCAAACUCUCAAAAAUCUCUUUGUGUUUUCGUGUUGUCAAAAAUUCGUCCGGGCUGCCAUUGCUGGUUGGUUGCCUGCUGCCGCUGUACCCCUCCGUGCUUAGAAAUGUCAUGCCAACCGCGAAAAUAAUGCUUUUAAAUUAAGUCAUCCUUAUCUCAACUCGUUUAUACUCUAUUUCGGUGAUAAUAAGUGUGAUUAUUCAACGUGUAAAGUGUUUGACAAGGCUAUGAAGUGGCUACCCGGAGGCGGGGGCGAACCGGCACCCCCCAUGCAGCUGCAUCACCCCUCUGCCAACGGCCACAUACCCACCGAGGCAGAACAAUGCGCUCAAAUUAUGGCAGGUGGCGAUGGGGUUCGUAUACAAUCGGGGCAGAUCGCCCAAAUGGGUAUUGGCAGGGCUCAGGACGACGCGACCGUUGGUUACGUUUUCCAGAGACCAACAGAACAAGACUUCAUUCCGCAAACUUCGAGCUAUCAAACAAAGCAGCCAGCCAGGGCUUGGGCCCUUGCCGACGAUGCCAUUAUCGAUAGUAACCAUGACAAGUGGAAAUAUCCAAUGACCAAACUAGGCGUACCUCAACAAAGCCAACCUCAGCAGCUUGGCUUGCAAGCCAUGAACAAUGUUCAUCUACCCUACGAGUUGCACACCAUGCAACUGAAGAGUGGUGGUCCAGGGGCGGAGCAUUUGGUGUAUCUCAACAAUCAAAUGGCGCCGCAGCAUCAGGUUGCUCUGUUUCAUCACCAGCAGCAACAGCAGCAGCAACAGCAGCAGCAACAACAACAACAGCAACAACAACAGCAAUUCAGAAAUGGCCAGAUUGCACCCUCGGCGAAAAAACUUUGGGGUGUCGACGAAGGCGGGUCCAAAGAUGAGGGGGGAGUCAAAGGCGGUGGGAUACUUCACCUGGGAGAUCAUCAGAUGUGGCGCGAUUCUACCUGGAGUACGUCAGACAAUGCAGUUUCGCAACCGAUCUCAAUGGGCACAGGAAGACGUGCUACAGGAUACCACCACCACGCUUCCGAGGUUGGGGCGGUUCUCAGUCCUAGAGGCAGCGAAACUGGAGGUCUCGGCGUUAAAAUGGUCGAGUACGUUCUGGGAUCAAGUCCCACCACCCCAAAAGACUUGGAGUCUCGAAUGGGCACCCUGAGAUUGAACACGGACGGAGACAAAAAAGAGAAAGAGAAGGGCUCGGCGAGCCCCUUCGAUGGCUCUAAGGACGACAACGGACCCCAGGGCAACGGCUUGGGCCCCCAAAAUGGCCUUGACGAUGACAAAGGAUUCAAAUAUUUUUAUUCGGUUCACAGUCGUACGCCGGGUAGCAGACAGCCUUCGCCAGGGGAGGAGGACUUCCAGAAAAAUGUAUCUGCUACCCUCGCUGUGUCGACGGGGGCUGGAGGCGUCGUGCUCCUCAAACAGGGGAUCGACGUCGUCGGUACCGAGGAGCACUUCAUGACGGCGUUCGGUCCAGCCCCUCACCUCCAGCACCAUCAGGCUCCCCCGGCUCACCACUUACCUCAUCCACAUUCUCACGCCGCUCAAUUGUUCAGCGCCCAGGGCCCACCACCUCAGCAGGGUCCGCCUCCUCAGCAACAGCAACAGCAGCAGCAACAGCAACAACAAGGCCCGCCCCAGCCGCAGGACACAGCGACGCAUUUCGACGUCCAGCAACUAUUCCGCAGCCAACAACAAGCGGCGACACCCCAACAACUUCAGUUGCUACAACAGCAGCAGCAGCAACAACAGCAGCAACAAUACUUGGCAGCAUCUCAAGCGCAACAGCAGCAACAACAACAGCAAAAUUUCCCAACUGCUCCUUACACAGUAAUCAGUGGGCAGGAGCCUUACGUAGGGGCAUUGAUCACUGGAGCAGCACCCGUCGUUCCCCAGUAUUAUGGAGUCGGUCCUUGGGUCUAUCCGGCAGGUUUGCUGCCACAAGCUCCGCCACAAGCCGCUGCUCCACCACCUCCGAGGAGACCCUUGACACCCUCCUCGGCUGCUGCAGCUGCUGUGGCUGCUCAGGACACUGCAAACAACUUGGCUCAAACGGUUCAGGGGCAGUAUCAGGUGAUACCUGCUUACUACGAUCAAAAUGGAUCAAUUGUUAUGGGAGGCGUUCGUGGACUGGGAUCAGCUGCAACUCCAAUGAGAUUAGUCAGUCCAGCACCUGUUCUCGUUAACAGAGCACCAUCUCAACCUCAGCCAGGUCCUCCGGCGCCCCCACCGCCUAGUCUAUAUUCACAACCAACUCCAACAUCGCACAGCAAUGCCACACCUGGAGAGUGUUUAGGUCUGGCGUGCAGUGCAGCAGCUGCAGUGGUUCAGGCACAAGCAGUUGCCGUGCAACAAGCACAACAACAAGGCUCUGGAUUAGCUGCUGGCUUAGCAGCACUAGGGUAUGGUGGGUCCCCGCUAGGUGCGCUCGGGUCUCCCGCCCAACUGCAGAGUACAGGAUUAGGUCUUGGAGCUUCAUCCACUGGGCGAAGGGAUUCCUUUGAUAGAAACACAUCAGCCUUCAGUCCAAGUCUCGAAUAUAGCAGAGCUAAAUGGCCUCAAAGCUACGGUGCACUUGGAACAGUCACAGCAUCACCAAGUCCUCUAGGACUAUCUUUGACGCCACCGCCAGCUCUUGGAGGUUCCUUGGGGGGAUUGGUAGGAGGUGCAAGUCGUGUGUCUGCUGCCCCUGGCGCAGAGGCCAAGUUUAGGGCCAGCGCAGUUCCUGCUUUAACAGCUAACGGUGUUUUUGGAUCCAGUAGCUCCCUCUUUCCGACUUUGGUAGGAAAACCAGGGCGCAGUGGAGCAACCGGUGUUGGAGAUAAAGGUGCUGGUGGCCGUUCGCGUUUGCUUGAAGAUUUCAGAAAUAAUCGAUUUCCGAGCUUGCAAUUGCGUGAUUUAGCUAAUCACAUAGUGGAAUUCAGCCAAGACCAACAUGGCUCAAGAUUCAUUCAGCAAAAACUAGAGCGAGCAUCUGCUGCCGAAAAGCAGCUAGUAUUUCAAGAAAUUUUGGCAUCUGCCUAUUCCCUGAUGACUGAUGUAUUUGGAAAUUACGUUAUUCAAAAGUUCUUCGAAUUUGGUACACCUGAACAAAAAUCUACUCUUGCCCAAAAGGUCCGUGGUCAUGUGCUACCAUUGGCAUUACAAAUGUACGGAUGCCGUGUUAUCCAAAAGGCUUUGGAAUCUAUCGGCCCUGAGCAACAGCAAGAAAUCGUACGCGAGUUGGAUGGUCACGUUUUGAAAUGUGUUAAAGAUCAGAAUGGAAAUCACGUUGUUCAGAAAUGUAUCGAAUGUGUCGAGCCUCGCGCUCUUCAAUUCGUUAUCGGAGCUUUUGCUGGACAGGUAUAUUCCUUGAGUACUCAUCCUUACGGGUGCAGGGUCAUCCAGCGUAUCCUCGAGCAUUGUACUCCCGAGCAAACCCAAGGGAUCUUACAAGAACUACACUCUGCUACAGAUCAACUUAUUCAGGAUCAGUAUGGGAAUUAUGUUAUCCAACACGUACUCGAACAUGGAAAACCAGAAGAUAAAGCUCAGUUGAUUGAAAGUGUUCGAGGAAAAGUGUUGGCGCUAUCUCAACAUAAGUUUGCCAGUAAUGUGGUGGAAAAGUGUGUAACACAUGCUACAAGACAAGAGCGAGCUGUACUAAUAGAGGAGGUUUGCGGCUUCAAUGACAACGCUUUGAAUGUUAUGAUGAAGGAUCAGUAUGCUAAUUACGUUGUACAGAAGAUGAUUGACGUAGCAGAACCUGCCCAACGGAAGGUGUUAAUGCACAAGAUUCGGCCGCAUCUUGGAAGCCUUCGCAAGUACACAUAUGGGAAGCACAUAAUAGUGAAACUUGAGAAAUUCUUCAUGAAGACCGCAUCUGCGAUGGGCGUCACAACCCCGUCUGGAGCCUCUACUGGAGCUGGAGAUCUUGGGCCGAUUGGUCCUCCAGCUUCCACUGCUGGUUCAGUUUCAACUCAGGCCCAGCAACCUACUCAGGUUUUAUAAAUAUGAAAUGAAUUCUUCGCACAUCCGUUCAACAAUUUAUCAUCACGUGUCGAAUAAUAUCUCACUUAUGCUUCGGUAUUGUAAAUCGAAAAUCAAAAUGUGUUUGUUAUUUUUGUGAAAGCAUUACCAAAUUGCUACUUUUCUUGCACAUAAGUAUGUAAACCGUGUUUCUAAUUUGGUGUUAAAAUGUCUGAUGAGAAGAAUUCAAUUCCAUAUUGAAUUACACGUUAUUACAUCAAUUUGGUGAAAUUUUCCUAUUCACAAUCUGCAUUUCGAUUUUCGAAUUUUCAUACUCGUGGCAGUCAGUUGUAAGCAAAGUAUGAGAUCCAGUCUUUCUAAUACAAUGAAUAACAUUGCUGAAUAAGAGUUCGCACUGUUGGAAGGUUGUUUGAGUAUUAAGACUUGAGAAUGUUUGCUGAAAUCAUUAUUUCUUAUGGAUAUAUCUGCAUUUAGUGGAUGUUGUGUCUUUUUCACCCUUUGUUUUUAAAAUAAUGCUUGACGGAUUAUGUUCCAUUAAAGAAGACAAAAAACUAUAUGUUAUUCGUGAACAAGAGGUAUAAAAAUCGAAGUUCACUUUCGGUACGGAAAGAAUAUGGGCGAUUCACACAGCAGCUGAGAUUGCUAAUUGGUAACAUAAUGAUAUACCUACCAUUACAGUCUUUAGGAGCAAUUGCAAUGUUGCUAAAUACUGUGCUGUUUAGUUAUUCUAUACACAGAUUGGCUGGAUUCCACACAUUGGAUUGAUUGAUACCUAUAUUAUAAUAUCCCCCAAUCUCUCGCUCUUCUCUUUCAAUUCCCCACCAUCCACCCAUGUUGAAGAGAUACUAACUUUGAAGUUAAUCGGAGAAAUCAUUUUGGAGAAAAGAUUGUAUUAUAAUUACAGAAGGUUUUGUACAUGAAACGUACUGUGCCCAAAACCCGGAUGGGUAUAGGCAUAUGCAUCGUACGUUUUUGCAAAUGAGUAGAGCUGGGAUAUGGUUGAAAACAUGAUUGAAAGAAAAAUCUAUUUCACUAUAGCGUGACGAAAAAUGAUUAAAAAAAUAUGACUCGAAUAGAAAGUUGAAAUGUCUAGACAGCUAGGGUAGACCAUAGCGCUGCAUGCAUUUAAUCAAUGUAAGCGAUGGGUAGAGUAUAUAUGACAUGUAUGUUAUGUAUGUACGCUGCCCAUGCAAGCGUAGUAUUAUUGUUACUCUUAUACUCGUUUUAAAAUAUCCAUUGAUUGGUUUAUGACAAGAGAAGAAAAUUUGAUAGGAUUAGAGCCAGCUGUUAUUUAAAAAGCUAGGAUAGCGUUUGACAUGGGAGUGAAGUUGAAGCACCCCUUCGGCCCUAACCUGACCUGAUCUGAUCUUUGACCUACCCUCUUAUUUAAAUAUUUAUAUGUGUAAUACCGCCGUUUCAUAUUUCUUUUUAUAAGUUGAAAAAACAAACAAAAAAAAAAAAAAAAUGUUACAAAAUUAUUUUCGCCAGUGAAAAAAAAAAUCACGGGAUAUUCAAAAGAUUUCUUUUCUCAUUUCAGCACAGUUUUCUCUUACCUUUCUUUUUUACCCCUCGAUCAAAAAAUCAUGUUAGUAGACGAAUUUUGUAAAUUGUGAUAUAAAUAAUUAUCAAAUGUGUAUAGGUAUGCCCCAUUUCCCAAAACUCCUCUCCUCCGCCCCGCGAAGAACCAUAAAUUCAGUAAUAAUUUUAUUUCAUCAUCCCUCCCUUCCUUUUUAACGGACACUGUGAAUAUUAUGUAUUAUAAUAAUUACUAAUUAAUUAAAUUAAAAAUAUGAUUUAUGUUCUAAUGUCAGCAUCUACUAUUCUGCCCCCACUUGUAAAAUAAGUCAAAUUUUUCGACCAAGAGACACCUUUAAACAGAAGGCAAUUGCUUCUUUCUCCCAAAACCUCUAAAUCCGCCUUUCGCGUGGAAUAUUUGAAUAUAAUUGAAUUUACUUGUAUAUUGUAUAAAUGAAAAUAUUCGGCUAAAAAAUCAGCAAUUCAGCUCGCACAACGUGUGUAUUCCCGCUGUCCCUCUCCCCUCCCUCGUUCCGAGUGUAUUAUAUGACUAAUUGAGGUGCACUGCUCGAAAUGCUCUUCUGAACUCGAGUUUGAGAGAAAAGGAGAACAAAUAAAAAGGAAAAGAAACUGAUGAACAAGUUGAUUGAGGAAAACAUGUAUUUUCAAUAUUUUCGAAUAUUCAUGAUAAGGAAACACUGUCUCGAUUAAAAUUUGAAAAGUCAGUGUACGCUGUUUUUUUUCUUUUUUAUUUAAAUCUAAAACAAUCGGAAAAGAUAGGAAAAACCUACCCCGUGACGACACAAAUAUGGUAAAUGAUGAAAUAUCACACAACGUGUUAUUUGUGUUAUGGUGACACUUGUAUUAUGUAGCUAUAAUUUCAUACCAUGUUUGACACGUAAGUGGGUUAAUGAAAUGAAGAGUAGCGAUAGGACUGAGGAAUGCUCUAAAAGAAGAUAAAAUGCAACCCAUUCUUACAAUCUCAUAAUCAUUAUAGUGCAUCCAUGAAACAUACGCCGAUUCAACUCUAUCAAUCUUGAUUUCUUUCUAUUAAAACAAAUUUCGCUCGCGGUAUGAACAAAAAACGCAAGGCAUACAUCAAUUUUUUUUUAUUAGACGAUAAAAGUAAUUUUAAUUUUUUCCCAAUGAAAACGCGUUGUGGAAUGGAAACUUGACACAUGCGAGUUGCGCAGAUUGUAAAAUGUAAAAUAUUUCGUUUUUAUAAGUAUAAAAUAAAAUGUAACAAGGAAACAAAACCGACAACCAACUCAAUGCACCACGAUUUUGUAUAAAAAAAAAGAACAAAAAGUUGAAAAAAAAUUUUACGAAUUUCUUUGUAAGAUAUUGUAAAUAACGGUUAAUUCGUGAAAUUGAGAAUUUCUCAGGUAUGUACCCUACUCUUCUUUUGGGGAAAUAGCGUCUAGCUAUUAUUAAA